AUGGCCAAGGCUGAUCACAGUCACGAGCACGACGCCAUUGUCGGAAGAGCUGUCACUGCCUUCGCUACGUCCUUCAUGUCGCUCGACCGUAGUAGCCAUCGCACUAGCAGUAGUCGUAGCAACAAGAGCCGCAACACGACUUUGAGCAAAGAGACAACGAGCUGUUCACUGGCUUCGGAGAUUUUCCUACUGCGCGAGCUCAACCUCGUGCCCGUGACACUGUACCCGCUGCAGCUCUCUCGAGCAAUGGCGAUCCGUCUCUUCCUCUCGCGUAUUGAGUACGUCGCGAUCCACGAAGUCCUUGAGCGAGAAGAAGGUGUGAUGUACUACGUGCUGAACAUGUACCGGAAGUGCCAGCAAAAGGGACUGCCGCCUGCUGCUCGCAACGUAACUACGACAAGACAUCGACACCUUCGAUCGUACACGAACGUACGUGGCCUCGAACUCGAGAACAGACGCUUCGACUACCAAAUUGAACAGCGCUACUCGAGUUUCGCACGACUGCGGUCCAACGUGGCGAACGUGGCCCGCAAGUACCACCCCAAGUGCCGCGUGUGUGCGUAUUGCGUCAAUGUGCUGAAGUUCCUGCACCUGACGCCGUCGAAGCCCAGUCUCAAGGUCAAGUUUACGACUCAGCCUGACGAGCGCAAACCGCUGUUGAGCUCGUUUAUCAAUCAACUGGUGCAUGUCGUGCGUGAAGACUAUCUAUCGUGUCCGCGGACAUUGCGAGGCUACCACGCGAUUCCAGCACUGGUCCAGCGCUUUUUGUCGGAACAAACGGGGGAGUCGUUCUUUUACUCGUGA